UGCAACGGUUGCCCGGAAGUAGAGUCGGCGGAAUUCCUCCUCAAAUUGUUAUAGCAGCAGAAUCCAGCGCGAAUGAAGAGGAAUCAGUGUUAGAGCGGCUGAAAGCUGUAUUUAGAGACAUCCAGCGUUCAACGGAAUCCCAUCCUUUGUACUUUGGUAUUUAAAUCCCUCUGUCAUCGUCGUGUUCAGUAAUUGAACAGAAGGUGGUCGUGAAUGUUUGUAAAUAACGGACAGUAAGUUAGAUGUUGACAGAUCCAGACGUGGUGUUUUGACAGAAGUGAUGCUUCAUCGCCAGAAUGGAGGCUUGGAUAUUGUAUUUUGUGCUAUUAGCUCCACUUUCUAUCCACUGUGCGGUGAAACCAGCAUCUGUUGAAGAAUACCUGAGAAAUCAGGAAGAGGAGCAGGAGUUUGAUGCGCUCCGCUCCAUGCUGUCAGACUUCGAUGUGGUGCCUGCAUCAGAUCUCCAGCUUCACUCGGUCAAGAAGAGGGACAUUGAUGACGUGUCCCGAUCCCGUGUGGAGCGGCUGGUCAGCUUCACAGCGCUCAAGAGGCACUUCAAGCUGUACUUGACAACCAACAUAGACCUUUUCACUGAGAACUUCAAGGCUGUAUUCUUAGACAAGUAUGGAAAAGAGGACCAAUUUGACAUUCAGUUACAGAAUUACUAUAAAGGACACGUAGUGGGAGAGGAGCACUCGCGUGUGCAGGCACACAUAGACGGGGAAGAGUUUUCAGCCCACAUUCUUACUGAAGAGGGUGAAUAUAAUGUAGAGCCCUUGUGGCGGUUUACAGAGUUGCCUUCUGAUGGCCGUUUGCUGGUGUACCGUUCAGAGGACAUUAAGAACAUCAGUCGACUGUCCUCACCAAAAGUGUGUGGAUAUGUGAAUGCUGAUGCUCAGGAGCUCCUGCCAGAAGAGGCAAGAGCAGCAGGACUGAUGGAACAGGAGGAGGAGCCUCACAACAUAGAGAGAAGAUCUACACAUGACCACAAGAAGAACACCUGCCAGCUGCUGCUAGUUGCAGAUUAUCGCUUCUACAAUCACAUGGGUCGUGGAGAGGAGAGCACCACCCUCAACUACUUGAUUGAGCUGAUAGACAGAGUGGAUGAUAUAUACAGAAACACAUCCUGGGAUGAAGAUUUUAAAGGCUACGGUGUGCAGAUUCACCAGAUAAUCAUAAACAAGGAGCCCACAAAAGUUGCCAAAGGAGAAAUUCAUUACAACAUGGAUGGCAGCCCAUUAGGAAGAAAGGAUGGUGUGUGGGAUGUGAAGAAGCUUCUAGAACAAUUCAGUUAUGACAUCGCAGACAACGCCUCUACAGUUUGCCUAGCCCAUCUCUUCACCUAUCAGGACUUCGAUGAUGGCACUCUGGGUCUGGCAUACGUGGCCCCUUCCAAACAGGGAUUGGGAGGACUCUGCCCUAAACCCUACUAUCCAUCACAAACCGUCAGGAAACCCAGCUACCUAAACACAGGCUUGACAAGCACCAUGAAUUAUGGGAAAACUAUUCUGACUAAGGAAGCAGAUCUUGUAACAACUCAUGAGCUGGGGCACAACUUUGGUGCCGAACACGAUCCAGACAACAUAGCUACCUGUGCGCCCAGCGACGACCAGGGUGGCAAAUAUGUCAUGUACCCUAUUGCGGUCAGCGGAGAUCACUUCAACAACAAGCGCUUCUCCAGCUGUAGCAAGUUCUCUGUCAGUAGGACGUUAAGGCUCAAGGCCAAUCAGUGCUUCAAGGAGAGGAGCAGUAAGCUGUGUGGGAACUCCCGUGUGGAGGAGGAUGAAGACUGUGACCCUGGACUCCUUCAUCUCGGCGAUGACCCCUGCUGCACAGAUAAGUGCAAAUUCAGGAAGCAGGCACAAUGCAGUGACAGGAACAGCCCCUGCUGCAAGAACUGUAGGUUUGAAAGUGCAGAUAAGAUCUGUCAGGAGACCAUCACUGCCACCUGCAAGGGCACGUCAAACUGCACAGGCAACAGCAGUGAGUGCCCCACCCCUGGUAACCUGGAUGAUGAUACAGAGUGUGUGGACAAGGGCCGAUGUCAGAAGGGCAAGUGCAUUCCUUUCUGUGAAGCCCUGCAUAAUCUGGAGUCCUGUGCCUGUAAUGAGACUGAGAACUCGUGUAAAGUGUGUUGUAGAAGCAGAAACAGGCUGUGCACUCCCUUUGACAGUGCUGAAAAAUAUCUUUACCUGCGCAAGGGCAAACCCUGUACCGUUGGCUUCUGUGACGGGGCCGGUAAAUGCAUGAAGCAAGUCCAAGAUGUCAUCGAACGUUUAUGGGACUUCAUUGACAAACUGGACAUCAACACAUUCGGGAAGUUCCUGGCUGACAACAUAGUUGGAUCAGUGGUGGUCUUCUCCCUCCUCUUCUGGAUUCCUCUAAGCAUACUGGUGCACUGUGUGGACAAGAAACUGGAUCAGCAAUAUGAGGAAAACUCCAAAACCUUGAUGUUCCCAAGUCAGAUGGUGGUGGAGGUGUGUAGUAGAGCUCUCAACUCAGAGUGCAGAGAUGAUGACCGGUCUGGAAUCGGCACCCAUCCGCAUCGUGAAGGCCUCUCAUCCGCGACCUCAUCACGCACAGGAGACGCUCGCCGGCCCAGACCCUGCCAACCUCUCCGCCGGACUCAAAGCGGAUCCGCUGCGAAUGGCCACAAUCGAGGAGGACCCCAGCGGAGACUCCUCUCACCUGGAAGAGGAAGACGGCUUCCGUCAAAGCGGCACAGCUGCCAGGUCCUUCGAGGACCUCACCGGACAGGCAGUGCCAUCCCGCGGGGACAAGAGACGGCUGACGAGACAGGCGCGCAUUGACAGUAAGGAGACUGAGUGUUGAGGACACUGCCACAUGUCAAAAAUGACUUGAGCUGUGAGGAUCAGGGUGCAAUCAGGCUUCGUUUUGUUAGUGCAUUUUAAAGUGUAUGUGAUGUGUAAACUAUUCAGUUGGUUCUUAGAGAUUUUGUAGCAUUCCUUUAAUGCACAAUUUUAGUUGAGUGCAACGUAAAAGCAUGUCAGAAACUGCCAAGAGAAAUGACUGCAUUUGGUCAAUUUAUGGAAUAAAUUCAAUACCGCUUUGGACAGCAUUUUAGUUUGGCUGUUGAAUAUGACUGCACAGUUUCAGAAGCUAGCAAAAAGACAAACGUCCAUGAGUUCAAAUGGAUAGUUUAUCCAAAAAUCAAAACGGUGUUAUUUUUUACUCGCCCUCAUGCCAUUCCAAACCUCCAGACUUUCUCUUGUGGAACCACAGAUGGAUGGAAGUCAAUGGGGUCAAAUAUUCUUUUGGACCCCAGUGACUUUUAUUGUAUCGACAGAAAC